UGCCAAGGCGAAGUCCUAUACUGUCUCUUUGCAUCUCUGAAGCGUAGAGGAAAAUUGGACAGGGUUCUCGGCAGGGGAGGAGAGGAGCAAGCGAUGGCCCUGCCGCGGACCGAGGGCUUGUUUGGUGUUCCAUGUUCAUAUAUUGUUAGAGUGGUUUAGCGUGGGAUUUGAGGUGAAUAUAAGGACAUCUAAACAAGUCCUAAGGUGGAUAAAUUUUCUAUGAUCUCCUUCCACAAGAGAAAAGGAAAAUCAUUACACAGAUACCAUAGUAUAGAAGCAAUAGUAGAAGCAGAGAGAUAGAGAUAGGGAUAGAUAAGUCAGAGGAGCAGUGAUUACAUGCAGAAACAGAGUCAUAGAGAUAUUAUCUUCAGUGCUGACUCUGCCUGACUUGCACUGCUGCCCAUGGAAUGCUUUGAGUUAACGCCAGUCACAGUCAGUGUCAACAUAUUGCCCGCACUAAUAAACGUGAUCUCGCCAUUUUGAUAUUACUAGUGGGACUUCUUUAGUUUAUGAUUGCAGUUUAAAGCCGAGGUGAAGUGAAGCCCCCUAUAUGCCAGCCUCUCGCAUCUCCGAAGCGAAGAGUAGAGGAAUUGAGACAGGGGUCGUCGUCGUUCUCGCGCGCGGCAGGGGGACGAAUAGGCAAGAGAUGGCCGGAGGUGUCAUUGUUCCGAGCGAUGGCCCUGCCGCGGACUACGGCGGAGGCCUGACGCUCUCGGUGUUCAUGACCUGCCUUGUGGCUGCCUCCGGCGGCCUCAUCUUCGGCUACGACAUCGGCAUCUCAGGCGGUGUGUCCGAGAUGGAGCCGUUCCUGCGGCGCUUCUUCCCGCACGUCCUGCAAAAGAUGGCGUCGGCCAAGGGCAACGAGUACUGCCUCUACGACAGCCAGACGCUGACGGCCUUCACGUCGUCGCUGUACGUGGCCGGGCUGUUCGCGUCGCUCGUGGCCAGCCGCGUCACCAGGGCGCUGGGCCGGCAGGCCGUCAUGCUCAUGGGCGGCGCCCUCUUCUUCGCCGGCGGCGCCGUGACGGGCGCCGCCGUCAACAUCGCCAUGCUCAUCGUCGGCCGCAUGCUGCUCGGCUUCGGCGUCGGCUUCACCAACCAGGCCGCGCCUCUGUUCCUGGCCGAGAUGGCGCCGUCGCGGUGGCGGGGCUCCCUGACGGCGGGCUACCAGUUCUUCCUGGCGCUCGGGGUGCUCACGGCGAACCUCGUCAACUACGCCACGGCGCACCACUCCUGGGGUUGGCGCGUCUCGCUGGGGCUGGCGGGCGCGCCGGCCAUCGUCAUCUUCGUCGGCGCGCUCUUCCUCACCGACACGCCCAGCAGCCUCGUCAUGCGGGGGCGGGGCGACGGGGCCCGCGCGGCGCUGCUCCGCGUGCGCGGCGCCGACGCCGACGUGGACGCCGAGCUCAGGGACAUCGCCAAGGCCGUGGAGGCCGCGCGCCGGAGCGAGGACGGCGCGUUCCGCCGCAUGGCCACCAGGCGCGCGUACCGCCCGCACCUCGUCCUCGCCGUCGCCGUGCCCAUGUUCUUCCAGCUCACGGGCGUCAUCGUGCUCGCCUUCUUCGCGCCGCUCGUGUUCCGGACCGUCGGCUUCGGCAGCAACGCCGCCCUGAUGGGCGCCGUCAUACUCGGCGCGGUCAACCUCGGCUCCCUCGUGCUCUCCACCUUCGUCAUCGACCGCUACGGGCGGAAGGUGCUCUUCAUGGUCGGCGGCAUCCAGAUGGUCAUCUGCCAGGUUGCCAUCGCUUGGAUCAUGGGGGCGAAGAUCGGCAAGGGCGGGGAGGCGGCGAUGGCGCACCCAUACGCGGUGGCGGUGCUGGUGUUCACGUGCCUGCACACGGCGGGGUUCGGGUGGUCAUGGGGGCCGCUGGGGUGGGUGAUCCCGAGCGAGAUAUUCCCGGUGGACAUCCGGUCGGCGGGGCAGGCCAUGAACGUCUCCAUCGGCCUCUGCCUCACCUUCGUGCAGACGCAGUCGUUCCUCGCCAUGCUCUGCCGCUUCAAGUACGCCACAUUCGCCUACUACGCCGCCUGGGUCGCCGUCAUGACCGUCUUCAUCGCGCUCUUCCUGCCGGAGACCAAGGGCAUCCCGCUCGAGUCCAUGGCCACCAUUUGGGGCAAACACUGGUACUGGAAGAGGUUCGUCGUCCACGACGGGAAGAGCGACGUGGCACUGACCUAAAGGUGGGUGAGAGGCACAUGAAGAAAAGGAAAAAAAAAAAAGCACCGGUGUGGAAUGUGGACUUGUAAGGUUUUUGCGCCUGUGGCAUGACCAUUUGGCAUGCCAACGUGUAUUUAUAUACUCGUCUCGUCGUCGUGAUUUGUAAAUUGUGAUUAUGAAAGUACCUUUUCUAAUGUACAAUGAUGCUACAGUAGUUUGCUCAUGGAAACUUUAGGUUCCGAUUUUUUUUCCC